AUGCCCCUUCUUCUUCUUCUCCUCCUCCUCCUCUUCCUCUGUGGGUUUCCCCUCCUCCUCCUCUCAAUCUCCUCCCCCUCCCCCUCCCUCUCGCCUCUCUUCUCACGCUCAAAGCCCAAGCCCCAGGAUCCUCCGCUUCAAAACCCUAACCCCAGCCCCAACCCCAAAUCCCCAUCAUCAACCUCCUUCUCCCUCUCCCUCAACAUCUGGCCUCCCAUCCAGCGCACUUGCGACGUCGUCACUGCUCGCCUCUUCAGAACCCUAACCUGCCCCUCCUCCGUCCUCGCCAAGCGCUACGGCGUCCUCCUCGAUGCGGAAGCUGCCUCUGCCAUCGACGAGAUCGAGAAGGAGGCGUACGCCCUUAAGUGA